CAGAUACUGAUCUGAACAGAACUGUCAGUUAAACUUGUACAACAUAACCUAGAAAUUGAAAUUGAAGGCUUUUUGUGCAAAGCAAAGACGAAUAUACCUAUUCACUGUUUUGAUAGAAAAUAUAUGUGGAAAUUGAAUUGAAUCCGUUAAUAUGAGUUAUAUUUAUUACUUACUAUAAAAUUAAUAUGUCAAGAAAGAAAAAGCAAUAAAUAUUGGAAUAAAAAAUAAUGGACAGCAAGGAAAAGAAAGGAUAUCCGUGUCCACACGAAGGCUGCAAUGCUGCUUUCAGUCGACCAUAUCGGUUAUCUGAACAUUUAUUCGUCCACUUUAACUAUAAAGCUCAUCGAUGCACAGAACCCUCCUGUGACAAAUCUUAUACAAACAGAAGCCAUUUAACUCGUCAUGUAAAUACAGCCCACCGGAAGCCUCCUGCUCAACCUCAAACCAAAUUUAGUUGUCCUUCAUGCGUCAAAUCAUUCUCUAAUCCUCAAAACUUAAAACGACAUGUCAAAGAAUACCACUCUCCUGAUAGUACUCGUAAUCCAAACUUGAUUUGUGAUGAUUGUAAAGCAGAGUUCAGGACAAGAAACCUCUUGUGUGCUCAUAUGUACUCACACACUGGCAUAAAGUCAUUUAGAUGUGAGUGUUGUGCAAAAGAGUUUGUAACACAUAAUGAAAAAAGAAAACACAUGAGAGCACACAAAACAUAUGAAUGCCCUGACUGUCCUUUGAAGAUGGAUACAUAUUCUAAAUUUAAGGAGCACAAACUGAUGUGUCAUAAAAUGGAAGAAUACAAAUGUGAGGAAUGUGGGAUGACAUUCAAACAGCGAUGCUACCUUGUACGGCACAUUAGAACACAUGUUUGUACGAAAAUAUUCCACUGUCCAUAUGAAGGUUGUCAAAGGUACUACACUAGGAACAGUAACCUGAAGCAGCAUAUAAUGGUGCAUCACUUGCAUUACACUUACAACUGCACUAUUUGUCCAGCGCAGUUGUCGACUAAGGCUAAAUUAGAUUACCACAUGAAUCUUCAUAAAGGGCCUAAAAAAGAUAAGCUUCCACCAAAAACGAAGGCCACAGGAAGAAAGCCAAGGUCGGACCUGGGCGCAACUAAAUCUUCUACCGCCCUCAAGUUAGCAGGAAUACCAGAAACUUUAGUUGAAAUUUGCAUGAAAUAAUUUCCGCCCAUUUAAAUUAUUCUAACAAUUUAGACAUUGCACACAGCGUAUUUUAAGGUGGUUUAUUAUGAUUUUAUUUUUAUCAUCCAUGCUAGUCUGGUAGAAAGACAGAAAAGACAAAAUCAACUGCUUUCCUUUCCAUUCAUUAUUAUUAUAAAAGUCAAUCAAAGGAAUGGCUAACAAAUUUUAGCCUCUGCAACCGACUCUUCUUUUAGACUAUAUCGCGCCUAGGUUGUUAUAAAAACGACACACCGCUUUAUUCUAUGAGUCUGAAUUUAGUCCAAUGCGUUCAAUUACUGGAGUUCAUUUGCGCAUAGUAGUCGCGUUUAAAAUACGCCGUAUGUUGAUGCUGUUAUUUAAUUAUCUUAAAAUUUAUAAUAAAUCAAAACCUUCGUCGAAAAA